CACACACACACACACACUCACACACGGAGCCAGAGAGGAGCCAACAUGGCUGAAGCAGAAGUCAGCGAGAUAAGUUCUGGAGGUAUUUUCCAAGAAAUCUUCACCUCCCCGCUGAAUUUGACCCUCCUCAGCCUCUGUCUCUUCCUCCUCUACAAGAUCUUCCGCGGGGACAAACCACCGGAGCUCGGUGAGGCGGACAAACCGCUGCCCAAACUGAAGAAGAGAGAUUUCACCAUCGCAGAGUUGAAGCCCUACGAUGGACUCCAGGACCCGAGGAUCCUCAUGGCUGUCAACGGGAAAGUGUUCGACGUGACCAGAGGGAAGAAGUUUUACGGGCCAGAGGGGCCGUACGGAGUGUUUGCAGGCAGAGAUGCAUCCAGAGGCCUCGCAACAUUCUGCCUGGAGAAGGAGGCCCUGAAAGACGAACACGACGACCUGUCCGACCUGAACGCCAUGCAGCAGGAGAGCCUCUCUGAGUGGGAGACUCAGUUCACCUUUAAGUACGACUACGUCGGCAAGCUCCUGAAACCAGGCGAGGAGCCCACAGAGUACACAGACGACGAGGAGGGAAAAGACAAAAAGGCGGACUAGAAAAUGAAAGGCGAAGAAGACAAGGAAAAACUGAUCGAUGCCUUAAUGUUUGUAAUUUUGAUGCCUGUUGCCUCCUGUUAGGGCCAAUCUUCUGUAUGUAUCUUAGCACUUUUGGACUGUCACAAUCCUGCAUUUUAUAUGCUGACUGAAUUCCAUUUAUCUCCAUUUAUCUUGUGGCAUUAACAGUUAAAUAUGCUGCAUUCUGAUACAGAGCUGUGCAGUGUUGUUGAGCCCGACCGAUAAAUCAGUCUGCCAGUUCAAUCAGCUGAUAUUAGCCUGGCGCAGAUAUAUCAGAGUAUAUGUUGUCUGAUAUGCACCAAUAUGAAACUUUUCUUUUACAGAACACAACGCAGAAAAGGAUGCUUGAAGUAAUUUAUAAUUAUUAAAUCCUCAAAUGAAGUUUACUGUGCACUGAAACAGUAACACGCUAGUUAGCCAGUUAGCACAUAAACAACACAAUCCAGUGUUGAAAGAACAGAGCAGCGUUUCUGCUAAAGAGCUCACUGACUAAGAAAAAUAAUUUGACCUUAUGUAACACGUUAGUUUUUGGUCUCACUCCUUCUUUUUUUACUUUCCCCACUUCUGUUUCUCUUCUCGUGCGCUGAGCUGAACUGCCAAUCAGAGUGAUUUCAUUCACCGACGGGUUUCACUAUCGCAGCCACCAAUUCAACAUGCUGAAUCAGCCAAAAAAAGCCAACUGCAGCUAACGAGGGGCAACGGUGCGGGACACACUGCACUGACAAAGCUGGCAGACAUUCACCGACAGCCCAACAUUGACCUACAGCCAACUGACGGCUUGUUGCUUGCCUUAUAACAUCUAGCCUCCGUUACAUACCUUUGUCUAAGUGUUUUAUAACCACAUUUUAGGGAUAAUUGACAGACUCCAUAUCAGCCAGUAUAUAUCUAAACCAGAAUUUUGAUAUCGGUUUCGGGAUCUGCCCCAAAAAUCAAGUAUCGGUCGGGCUCUAGUUGUUAGAGUUCAUCAGUUAACUGUAAAAUUGAUCUUUAGAUGGUUGCGGAGAAUCGAGAACUCGGACCAAUUCCACUGACGGUUAUACGUCCUGUUGUCUGAAGGAGAUCAGUUGAAGCUGUGAGUAAAUCCACAGCUCUGUCGUACACUUUGUUAACGUGAUUGCUGAUGUGUUGCAGGUUGUAAACAUUCCUUUCAUCCAAGUUUGGGCUCAUCUCAAAUUUAAAAAAAAAUUGUCUCAGAAUGUAGUUUCACUCAUAAUCUAAAAUGGAGCCAGAGGGUAGAUUUAAAGUGUUUUUUAAUGUGAGUCUUUCCAAAUAAACUCUUGAAUUAAUUUUACAGAGAUCAUUUCAAGUGAGCUCGACCAAAAGUUAGUUUGGUUCAUCAGCAAGUCUCCCUGAAAAUAGGUCCCUAUCCAGGGGACUAAUCUCGAGCUGUGUCUCAGUUCAGGGGCUGCAGCUUUUGACGGACGCGGCCUUCGCAGUCAACGUCGGCCACAUCCUUGCAAGGCCACAUCAGCCAAACCGAACUGUCUCCGGUCUGGUCUCUGGUCUGCAGAAGAUUUCCUUGUUGCAUCACCAGUUGUUCUCACCCCGACCCGUUGGUGUUCCUACUACCUAGCAACCAGCUGCACUUGGCAAAAGAAGGAGUAAGCUAGUAAGUUAGUUAGCCCUAAAUCAUGGACCCAGAGAAUGUUAUUAGAUAUAUAUAUAUAUAUUUUUAAAUUUAAUAUUUGAGGUGAUGACUCACCGCCAGAGACGUUUGAUAUAUUUCAGGCUGAGGGACUGUUUGCAGGUAAACUUUUGAAAUUAACAUUGUUUAAACUGUGCACUUUUAGCUAAUAGUAAUGUUAACAACAGUUAACUGUUAGCUAGCUGUCAGUUAACUUAAUAUAUAAUCAUUACCGGUGCACAAUACAUCAUGGGAUAGGAUGGGCCAAGAAGGAUUCAUCUGUUGCAUCCUCCAAAUGGGAAAGAACUGGGAAAGAAGGCUGCAUUUGAAGGAGCCCUUGAAAUGGGACGGCCUCGGCCGCGCCAAUGUGACGCAAUCGGUCUUAAAAUGCAGCCUUUGAAGGCUGCAGCCCCUCAACUGAGACACAGUCUCCAUGUUUGCCGGUACUUUUGGUCGGACUCUGAAAUGGGUAAAAUGAUUCAUACGAAACGAGAAGGACACUUGUUUCCCUUUUCCACCAAAUGAGCUCAUGUUCUUGAACUGGUUCUGUUCAUGAUUCCUGGAACCUGGGUGCUAUCUUGUGAACCAGCCUGCGUUUCUACCAGUUUUGAACAGAACCAUUGUAAUCAAGGAUGUAUCAUCAAUGGAGGGCGUUGUACGAUGCACAGGGGAGGUAAACAGUACUAACAAAGUAGUGGACUGCAUUGGUAUGUGCAAACUUUUGUUCUGUUGGUACAGAUAUGUGUUUUUACCCAAAAAGCAAGCAUGGACCAACUAUUAAUGAGAUCACUGUACACUCAUUGGCGAUGUUUCACUUCACUUCUCCAUCCUCUUUCCAGCCUACGAUACGCCGAAUGAUGUCGCCACAGUUCACUAUUUAGGUCAAGGAAAACCUCUUAUUUUUUUUGGUUCCAGCUGAGAACCAACUUUUUGGGUUCUUAACCAAUUUAGUUUUGGUCGAAAUGCUGUUCAAGAUGAGGUGCAGGAAGUAGAACAAACAGGUCCUGUGUCAGUGGAAAAGGGGUAUCAGAGAGGGCAGACCGCCACCAAGGCCAAAUGUCCGAUUUCGCAAUGUUACCGAAAGUGUAAAAUAAUUUGUGUGUCUGCCCCAUGAUGGGAUCCUCUCCAAACUUUCACAGGUUCUUCCUCGGCUCAUGCUCCACCCUUUCAGCACAUUUAAUGAAAAUUGGGGCAGUAGUUUUUCCAAAAGCCUGCUGACAAACGAACAAACCCGAAGCAAACACCACCUCCGUGGCGGAGUUAUUUAAAGUUUAUCUGGAAAGCUUUAGGCCUCAAUCACACAGAAAGCAUUUUAGCAGCUGGAGGCGAGCUUUUUGCUCGCAGUUUUUGCAUCGCUAUGCACCUCACGUUUCUGCUCUCUAGGCACCUGGUGUUUUUGCUGUAGCGCUCUGAACUCCUCGAGUAAAACAAUCUUCAACUCAGAGCAGAAAAGCGCCCCACGUCAUCUCCACUUUUUUUCCCUUUGUCCAAUCAGAUGAUUUGAGAGGCGGGCCUUCUGUGGUGGUCACGUUUACAGUUGGUAAACAAUGGAGGAGAAACUGGUGGUGGCGGUUGCUGGAUAUCCAGAGCUAUACGACUUUACAAACCACAGUUAUCAUCUCAAAAGAAAACAGCAGGUGUGGAAGCAUAAGUGCAACUUGAAGCAGCCAUCAUGGAGGAGAAGCUCCUGGACCAACUGGUGGUACUCCCCAUGAUCCAGCUUCUUUUUUAGGGUCUCAUGUACCCACACAGAUCUCCAUAGUGGGUUCGCAGUACCUGCCCCAGUACAUAUAUUUGGACACAGUUAUGAGAGAAACACCCGGGCUAAUAAAAUACAGGAAUUUACCUUCUAACAGGACUCUGAUGAGCUGAUGUAAAGAUUAAAGAUGUCGUCACAUAAACACUAAUGAGUUCUCCUUUAUGCACUUUUUCUUGAUAAACUGUACCAACGACAUUUACUUUAUAUAUUCUGUGAUAUAAUGUGUCAACUGGCCACAACAGUUUCCUGUCUAAUCUUCAAUAAAAGGACGAAGAUGCCCAGAUGUUUGUUAACUCAUCAGAAGUAUCUGCUGAUCUGAAUUCUCCCGUGUGUUGACACGUUUGUCAGAUUUUCAGUGUUGAUUUCGCUUUAACUAAUUCAGAGUUUUCUGACAGGAGUUCACAGAUUUCCUGAGUCCACAACCCCAGAUCCCAACUUACUAAGCAAAAAUAUUAAGGAUAAUAAGGAUUUGCUGCUUUUUCUUUGCUUUGUACAAAUAUGGUUUGAAUUCCUUUUAGAUAUUGGACUGUAGGUCGAACAAAACAUUUAAUGUGCAAUGAUUUUUUUUAACAUAAGAUAUGAAGCUCCUCUUCAUGUGCAGUAAUUUCUUUGUGUUCUUUAGUUUAUCACAUGGUGCAGAGAAAAAGUUUCAGGAAGUUCAAAUUUCCCUUAAAACACUAAAAAGUCCAGGUUGCUGCCAAUUAGGUUGAAUAUUAUGAAUCUUAGAAUCACAGUUUCUUUUAUCCCCUAUCCAGCUAAUGAUUUACAAUUUUUAAACUAUAUCCAUGACGGAAAAGAAUUAAACAUUCGUUGUGAGGUCAUCUCUGGUGCGCUCAAAGUCUUGUCGACUAGAUAAUUAAAAACUUAGAUUGAUAAUCGGAGCCUGUUUCAGCAAUAUUUCACAGUCCGAGACCCCAAACUGCAAAUAAUUCUAGACCAGGAAGUUUUAUUUUCACAAAUAUGCUCAUGAAGUGCUGCAAAUGCUUUUAUUGCGAGUAAUUAUCAUUAAUUUUUUAACCCUGAAGUUAUGAGGAAGAAGUUUGUAUUAAAUGUUUAGUUAUAUCAUCUGUUGAUAUUUUUCUUUUCCAUCAUCGUCCUUGUAAAAACUGGAGAGAUCGUCCACAUUCUGUAAAAAGAGAUUCAAUGAGGGAACAUUUUCAGUAUGCGUGUGUGUACAUACAUAAUCUAAAUGUCAUAAU